AACAUCUUCUGACACAGGAAAAGAAACAUAGGAACAUACUUAUCUUAAAGAGAUAAACAACUGAAUAAGAACAUAUGCUGUUUUUUUUUCUCUUUGUCAAUUGAAAAAAAUCACGAAGAUGAAGAUGGCAUUACAGUUUUUUGGAUUUGUAUUGGCAAGUAUUUCCGUAGCUUAUGCUGCAUCCCUUUGGAAUGAGUGUCCUUUACCGGAGGAAAUGACGUCAUGUUCUUGCAGAUGGCUCUUAGCUCCUGUCAUAUCUUGCAACCAGAUUAAAAGCCAAAAAGAUCUUCAAUCCAAUCUCGAGGGACUCAAUGGAUACGGCAUUCAUCAAUUAACGCUGGCUGGAAUUAGAACAUCUUCAGUACCUGAUGAUUUAUUUAAGGAUCUUUAUGUGAAACAGUUGGUGCUGGAUAAUUGGCAAGUCAAUAAUGGUCCACUUUCUCUAGGAUCCACUCCGUUUUCAGGUCUUGAAAAAUCACUUGAGGAACUGGAAAUUAAAAACAGUUUCAACACAGAUUCCAUGCUUUUAAAUAUGAAACUGAGUCAUCUGGAAAAAAUGAAAAUAGCAUCUUUUCAAGACAACAAUAUUCCUACAAUUGGUAAUGACUGUUUUGCCAAUGGACCUAAAACAUUGCAAAUGCUGUUGCUUGAAAGAUGUGAAAUCAAAGAAUUAGGUGAUAAGGUGUUCCACUCUUUGGACAAUUUGAUGUUUAUAACUGUGGUGGGAAAUCAUUUUAAUCACGUAUCCAGAUCGAUGUUUCCAUCACCAGCCAGUCAUUUACGCAAAAUGGACCUACAAUACAACAAGAUAAGCAUUUUACCGAACGACAUGUUUUCGGAAAUGCCAUUGCUUUCCGAAGUAAAUUUUAGUGAUAAUAAUAUUCAUGUCCUAGACGAAGGAACAUGGUCUGACACAUUAUUGUGUUUAGCUCGGCUUUACUUUGAUGGAAAUCCUCUACAGUGUGAUGACAGCUUGAAGUGGGUAUGCAGCAAUCGUGCUGAUAUAGUCGUAGCAAAAUGUGUUUCUCCAACUGCAAAAAAUGGUCUUACCGUUCGCCAAUUUUGUAACAAAUGAACAUUUUUGUCUAAAUUUUUCAUGUAUUAGUGUUAUAAAUAAAGAACUAAAGCAAAA